ACAAAAAAUAGAAAUAAAAGCUAACCGAAUCAUUGGCGGUGAAAAUGAAAGAGCCGGACGCCUGACCCCUCCCAAGCUUCCUUGUCGUCGUCGGAAACCCUAACUAUCUUGAAUCUUCUCUCUGGCAAGGUGCCGGAUUUUGUUAAGGUUUUUAUGAGAUGGCAACAAGAUCAGACCAAGAUACUGACGAUGACUUUAGUGAGCUUUACAAGGAGUACACGGGUCCUCCAAGAUUGACAACUGCCAAUGUACAGGACAAGGUAAAGACAAACAAAAGGUCUCAUGUGGGUUCCGAUGAGGAAGAGGAACCUCCUCGUGACCCAAAUGCUGUUCCAACUGAUUUCACAAGCCGAGAAGCUAAGGUUUGGGAAGCCAAGUCGAAAGCUACUGAGAGGAUUUGGAAGAAAAGGAAAGAAGAGGAAUUGAUUUGCAAAAUAUGCGGAGAGUCUGGCCACUUUACUCAGGGGUGUCCUUCUACUCUUGGAGCAAAUCGCAAGUCUCAAGAUUUUUUUGAGAGGGUACCUGCUAGAGAAAAGCAUGUAAAAGCACUUUUUACAGAGAAAGUUAUACAAAAGAUUGAAAAGGAAAUUGGUUGCAAAAUCAAGAUGGAGGAGAAAUUUAUUAUUGUCAGUGGCAAGGAUAGGCUAAUUUUGGCAAAAGGUGUGGAUGCUGUGCACAAAGUGAUUAAGGAGGAAGGUGAUCAAAGGGUUUCUUCUAGUUCUCACAUAGCAAGAUCUAGGUCACCUGAACAAAGCCCUGCUGAUACACGGUUGCGACGCUCUGAUUCCCAAAGGUCUCAUUCUAGUAGUUCUCAGAAUGCAUCUCAGGUUCAGCAGAGGUUUGGUAGGCAGGAGAAGGUUGCAGAAGUCCAUAUUUGGGAUGAUCUACGGAAAUUUUCAAGGGGUUCUCCACAAGCUUAUGGUAAUAAUGGAGCUAGAGGUUGCUCAAGCCGUUCAAAGUCUCCAGCACGUCCUCCUUACAUAGGCAAGUCAAAUAAUUCAUAUGAUGGUAAUAAUCAGAGCAUCAAUGCUUAUAGAACUGAUGGAUGGGAUAAUGAGAUGAGAGGAUCUGAUAUGCAAACUGGUCGUCAGUUUGAUUACCCUGCCUUCCCUCAGACAUUAGAAGGACUAGAGUUGGAGUUUAAAAGGGAGGCAAUGGAACUUGGAAGAAUUCGUGACAAGGAAGAAGAUGAAGAAAAUUACAGGCAUCGUGAGGCUAUUAGGGAGAUGAGAGAGAACUACAUGAAGCAACUGGCUAUUCUGAAGGGUGCUCAUGCAAAAGAGUGGGAGGAGUUUCUCCAAUUUGAUGCCAAGAGGCGUCAACAACAGGCACAUCAGCAAUUGCCCUCUUCUGGUUUUGGUGGUUAUAAACAGCAUGGUUAUUCCGAGUAUGAUGGAACCUUGGCCAAUCCUCAUUAUCCUGGGGCCAGUUUAGCAAUUGAUUCAAGAAGCCGAUAUCCAAACCCUAUGGAAAAUUACUCUUCAAGGCCCCACGACAAAUUUAAUGAAUUUCAGCGUCAGAGGCGCGAAGAUUACAGAAACCCUUACAAUCGAUACUAAUCAUUAUGCUUAAUACUGGUGAGUUGUCCUGCUCUUCAGUCAAAAAUAGAAAACAAUUUCUGGUAUUUUUUCUAUUAUUUUGCCGACCUAUAGGGCAUCCCACAAUGUCCUUGUUGAAAGUCACGGUAAGGUAUCCACAUCAUAAGACAGGUUCUUUGGCUGCAGUUGUGGGAAUAUAAAAAGGCUUUUAUAAUUUAAGAGACCGUGCAAAUGUUAAUGCACAACAGACGGGUGCGAUAGGUGGCAGAUAUUGCAGUUGUUUGGCGGGUAUGGCUGAUUUAUUGCUAUUAAACAUUAGCUUAAAUUUCAUUCCAAAAAUUUUCAGGGUCCAGAUCUUGCUCGGGUAUGCAUAAUGCACAGAGGAGGCCAAUAUCUAGGUAAGUAAGUUAAUUGCUGUUUCAAACUUGAGAAGGGAUCAUUUGUUCUGGUAGAAUCGAUUUCUUUCAAUUUGGUGGUUGAGUCCUGUUCAGAACUUUGUUGUAGAGAAGUGAGACUUGGAUUUUGGUUUAUUGGUUAGGAAGUAAUAUUGUGAAGUUAAUGACUCCUGAAUGGUUGAGAGUUUGCAUUUAGUAAUGACUAGUGCUUUUGGCAGAA